CGGCCCUCCUCACUCGCCUGGGACUUCCCGGUGGAGUGAGGAGCGCAGCAACACGUCUCCCGACUUCCCUCACGAAGGACCCGGCCCGACAACCUCCAUGUACUCCGAGAUCCAGCGGGAGCGGGCGGACAUCGGGGGCCUGAUGGCCCGGCCAGAUUACAGAGAGUGGAACCCAGAGCUCAUCAAGCCCAAGAAGCUGCUGAACCCAGUGAAGGCCUCGCGGAGUCACCAGGAGCUGCACCGAGAGCUGCUCAUGAACCACAGGAGGGGCCUGGGCGUGGACAGCAAGCCGGAGCUGCAGCGUGUGCUGGAGCACCGGCGGCGGAACCAGCUCAUCAAGAAGAAGAAGGAGGAGCAGGAGGCGAAGCGGCUGCAGUGCCCCUUCGAGCAGGAGCUGCUGAGACGGCAGCAGAGGCUGAACCAGCUGGAAAAACCCCCGGAGCAGGAGGAAGAGCACGCGCCGGAGUUUAUGAAAGUCAGGGAAAACCUGCGGAGGAUCGCCACGCUGCCCAGCGAAGAGCGAGCCCUGUAGAGCGGCUGCAGCGCCCGGCAGCCCCAGGCCCCCACCCCAAGCUGCGCACACCUGCUCCUGUAGAACAGCCUGGCCCUGGGAAGCUGGCGCCCCCUGAACGCCCAGCCAUUUCCUUCUGAACACACUCCCCCCACUCAUUGCCAGGUGAACCCUCACCAAGGUGCCCCUCCCUGCACAACUGCGCAGUGGGUAUGGGAGCCCCUCUGGCCUGUCAGGCCCAGAAGCAGCCCGGCUCCCUGGUCGCAGAACUCCCCCACCUGUGGUUUCACCUGUGGCCAGGUGAGAGCAGCUAAGCAGAGCUCAGCCUCUAGGACACCUGCUUUGAAAGCCACCGAGGGCAGUGAGGGAGGGCACUGAGGCAGGGUGGGGCGCGGACAGGGUGGCAGCAAGCAAGGUAGACACUCACGAAGGGCACUGAGGGUUUGUCAAUGCCCCCCACCCCCGCCACGCCCAAGCUUUGCUCUCCUCCUCUCCCCCGCCCAGUCCAGACCUUGCGAACACACCUAACCAUGUGUUUCACACACCUGCUUGUGCGUAGGAGCCACAGGGGCUCAUGUUCAGUUACGGCGCCUGAUCUGGCGGAUGUGGGCCGGGGGCUCCCAGGGAAGGCCGAAGCUGGAGCACCCGGGGUGGACCCUGCCUUGGGGCUUCCCCACCCCACUCCACGGAAGACUGUGGCUCUCUGGCCCAGCGUCUGUGUCGCGGAUGUGAUGAGUGUUUUCCCCAGGGACAGAAGUAAUUGCCAAUCUUUUUCUCACCUGUGCAACUGCACCAAUAUGCGACUCCAGCCAAAAGCAGCAAAGACUUCACCUUUUCCUCUCGCCUUUGGAAAACGUGUGCUCCCACCCCCACCCAGCACCUCCAGAGAGAGCUGCCACCCGCCACCCAGAUGCCCUUUCUCACUCCUACCUGGGUGACCAGCCAGGGACCAAGGGUGGCGUCCCCUUCCUGUGAGCGGUGCCAGCAGAGGUGUAGAUGUAGCCAUUCUGUGUGCGAGUUCAACCGAGCUCAAAAAGCUCCUGAACGUGACGCGCUGAGGCUGCGGUGCCGCUGUGUAAAUAUCAGCCGGAUGAGGCGUAUGCCGAAGAUGCACGAUCCCUAAAUAAAGGCCACCUGUGCCCCAGAAGGCCCCCUUGGGGGUCUGUGUGUUGUUCGGACGUGUGGAGAGAAGCCAGACUGGGCGUCCGGGAGGAAGCAGGCCAUUCCCAGGGAACUCGUGGGAUUCCAAUGGAUGGCCACCAGGGUGCUCCUUGGAGGCAGCAUGUCAGGAAAGGAAGCCCCAGAGGUAGAAGGGACCUCAAGCCCCAGGGGAGCCAUGGCAGACACCCGGUUCACUCCCCAGUGGGCAGUCCAACUCCAUCUCUCUAGCUACUGCCUGCUGUAGACGCUGUAAAUCCAGACUCUCACUAUUCCACCUCCUUUGACCCUGAAGGUGACCAUGUGACCAGGUACAGCCAAUAAAACUGGAGAGGAAGUCCACAGGGGCUUCUGGGAAAACUCAGGCUUUUCUGAUGAAAGAGGCAUGGCUAACACCUCCCUCCCUUUCCCUUCUUCCUGCGUUGAUUGAGGAAGUGACGCCUGGAGCCACAGCAGACAUUUUACCACAUGAGGAGAAAAAGCCAAGAGAAUCGCAGACGUCAACCUAUUGUCCUUGGACCAAGCCAGUGCCAGCAGCUAUCCUCCAGAGGUCUUGUAAAUAAAAAUAAAUCACUCUUUGUUGUAAGCCA